GUGCCCUGCUGUACCUGCCUCUCAUGGAGGACUAACAGUCUGGCAGAAACAGCAGAGCUGGAGCACAGCGGAACAAUUGGGGCUGUAGAUCUGAUUGGAUGGUUUUGUCAGAAUGACGGCCGAAGAUCCCGCCUCCUCCUCCUCCUCCUCAGCCAUGAGCAGUAACUCCGCCCCCUCCAAGCCCUCUGGCCCCUCCCUUCUAUCUCUACAGCGGCCAAUCCCGGUGCCGGAGGGUGUGGCGGGAGCCCCAAAUGAGGGCUCCCUGGUGGCACUGAUGGAGCGCACCGGCUACGGCAUGGUCCAGGAGAACGGCCAGCGCAAGUACGGUCCCCCCCCAGGCUGGGCCGGUGCCUCGCCCCCCCGGGGCUGCGAGAUCUUCGUGGGGAAGAUCCCCCGGGACGUGUACGAGGAUGAGCUGGUCCCCGUGUUCGAGUCUGUGGGCCGCAUCUACGAGAUGCGCCUGAUGAUGGACUUUGACGGCAAGAAUCGCGGCUAUGUCGUCUGCUGCUCUGUCGACAACUGCCGCCUGUUCAUCGGUGGGAUCCCCAAGACCAAGAAGCGCGAGGAGAUCCUAGAGGAGGUCUCCAAGGUGACGGAGGGUGUUCUGGACGUGAUUGUGUACGCCAGCGCCGCGGACAAGAUGAAGAACCGCGGCUUCGCCUUCGUCGAGUACGAGUCUCACCGUGCGGCCGCCAUGGCGCGCAGGAAGCUGAUGCCCGGACGCAUCCAGCUGUGGGGACACCAAAUUGCCGUGGACUGGGCGGAGCCGGAGAUCGACGUGGACGAGGAUGUCAUGGAGACGGUGAAGAUCUUGUAUGUCCGGAACCUGAUGAUGGAGACCAGUGAGGAGACCCUCCGACAGGUGUUCAGCCAGUGGAACCCGGGCUGUGUGGAACGUGUUAAGAAGAUUCGCGACUACGCUUUCGUCCACUUCUCGUCUCGCGACGAUGCCGUCCUGGCCAUGGAACACCUGAACAACACGGAAGUGGAGGGCUCCUGUAUCGAGGUAACGCUGGCCAAGCCCGUGGACAAGGAGCAGUACACACGCUACCAGAAGGCGUCCAAGGGGGGCGCUGCUGCAGCCGUGGCGGCUGCUCCGGAGGCGUCUCAGCAGAACUACGUGUACCAGUGCGACCCCUACACCCUGGCCUACUACGGCUACCCCUACAGCACGCUCAUAGGACCCAACAGGGAAUACUUCGUCAAAGGAGGCCCAAUGAUACAGACCAAUGCAGGUACGGUACGAGGCCGUGGGCGGGCCGCAACCGCUAGCCGUACGCCCGGUCCGCGGGGGUCCUACCUGGGAGGCUACUCUGCCGGCCGCGGCAUCUACAGCCGCUACCACGAGGGCAAGACCAAGCCGUCCGACAAGCCCUACGAGCUGGUGCCCGGCCUGGAGCUGGCAGCCUCCGUCAACCCAGUCGGCAUCAAACCCGGCACAAUGGCCCUGCCGGCGUUGGGGGGACAGUACCCGGUGUUCCCUGCCAAGCUGCUGGAGGAGGGCAAGAUGCACGCGGUGGAGCACCUGAUGAACCCCCUAGCCCUGCAGCAUGAACACGCCAGCGCUCCGCCCACCGUCAUGCCUGCCGUGUCCACACCCCCGCCCUUCCAGGGCCGUCCCAUCACCCCUGUCUACACCAUGACCCCCAGCAUGCAGCGUCUCCCCGGGGCGGGCUUGUACGCUGGAUACAUCCCCGUCUCCAGCUACAACACGGCGGCUCUGGCCGCGCUGCAGAAGAACGCUGCCAUGGCGACCUACGGGGGCUACGCCGGCUAUGCCGUCCCCCAGACCUUCCCCCCCGCCACCUUCCAGCUGCCGCUGCACGACAUCUACCAGACGUACUAGACCACCAUGCCACCCCCACGCCACAGCUGAGAGGGUUUCACCUACAGCUACCUUUUAACCCUAACUGUCCUUCUAACUGUCCUUCUAACUGUCCUUUGUAAAGAACAAAACGGCAAUGUUUCAUUAGUGUCUCCACAUCCUAAUCGUCUUGCUGGGGGGCGCUACGCCCACGCUAAACCGGUUUUAUGUUUAUUCUCUCAACUUUGAUCCCUGACCUACUGACCCCUAGCAUCCAUGCUAGGGGUCCAUCCUUGUCUGACAUGUGACAGCAUGACUGACCCCUGACCACAUAGUUGUGAUGGUCGUGAUGGUGAACCACGUUUCAGAGCAGGGCUGACCUUCACUAACCCUAAUCCUGACCCUCACUAACCCUAACCCUGACCCUCACAGUCCCAAUAGCACAGUCACUCAGUAGACCAACCAAAACAACUAGCAUUGGGGGGAUCUAAACCUUCAGCCUCUUGAUCUGCAGUCAGAUGUUCAACCCCACCUUUCUAAUCCCCCCCCCCCCCCACUCCCCUCCCAGACAGACAAACAGACAGACAUGACAUCCUCACUCCAUUCCCCUCCCUCUUUAGAACUCUUGAAAGUGGAGACUUGGCUCUUAAUGCUUAAAAAAAAAGUUUGGACAAAAAAAAACAAAAAAAACAUUGACUACAAAAAAAGGUUUUAAACAUUUUGAAUAUUUUGUAUUUUAAGAGUUUUAACAUGAGUCAUUAACAUGAGAGUAUUGUAGAGAGCUAUGUUAGGCCUACUGAUGUCCGUCCAUGCUGGAAGAAGGAGAUGCUUAGUAGAUAUACUAUGGUUCUUAAGGGGUAUUUUAACUUUAUAUUUGGUUAUAUUUUAUUUUUUGUGUGAGUUUAAGCAUCUUUAUGUUUUUUGAGUGUUGUGUUAUGUAUACGCUCUGGAUAAGAGCGUCUGCUAAAUGACUAAAUGUAAAUGUAAAUGUAGCUUUUGCCUUGUUUGCAUUUUAUUAGAGCAACAACUGUAGAGAGUAAACUCACUUAAACUAAACUGGAACUAUGUUGGCUCAUGCCAGGUCUCAAGUCUAAAUGGGGUUAUUGGUAGUUUUUGAGUCUCUAGUUUUAAUCCUUGGAAUUAGGGUUAGGAUUAGGCUCUCAUCCUUCUGAUACCAUUACUCUCAGACCAGCCGAGUAAGACUGAACUAAUGUUGUUUUUGCUGUUUUGCGUUCAUGUAUCAUGUCUUUAGCAUUUGCUUUCACUGCUUGACUCUUGAAAGGUGAACAAAUAUGAACAGAUGAGAGACAAUUUCCUUGUACUUUUUUUUCUUGAGUGCAUUUGCACUUAUUUGACAACUUGGAUUGAACCAAAUAUGCUUAGCUGGUGAUGAGCGACCUGGUGAAACCUGAACACCAACAGACCUGUCACCUGCCUCUCUCCUCCUCUGCCUUUCUGCUGGAGAUCUCCCUGCUCAGAGAGUUUCACAACUCGGAGAUUCAUAUGUGCCAUUAUCGGUUUUACUGCAAUGCCUUUUCUAUCAGAGAACUGAAAGUGCCGACCUGUGCCUAACCAAACUGAUGUAUGUGCUAAGGAUGCUGGGGUUUGUAGUUUAUCACAGGCCUAUUGAAGCCUACCUCGUGUGAUGUCAUCUUUCUACGAAUGUUUUCUCACAUUUCAAACACUCCCUAAAUACGUCUGAUGGCCUCUAACCCUAACCUCCUCUGUGGUACUGUUGUUUCUGUCUCCCUUCCUCUGCUUGAUCAAGAUGCACUUAACUGUAUUUAUAAGAAGGCAAGAGAUUGCCAUUAUCACAUGAAGGUUCUGAUGUUUAAUACUUGCAGUGAUGUUGUGUGAGAAAGUUUUGUGGUUUUCAAACACCUGUGUGUGUGUGUGUGUAAAAGAGAGUUUUUGCUCUCAGAUGAAGUAAAUAUGACCCAGAAGAAUGUUAAGCAAGCACUGUUAGGGUGAAACUCUGCUUUGUGCUGGAAUCAACUGGAACAAGACACAGAAAAUACACACACAUGUACACUCCUUUAAAUACUAAGCUGCUGUAUCAUGCUGACAACUUCAUCAGGGUUCAUUUAGAGGCCAAACAAGCAUGAGUCUCAAUUCAGUUUGAGAAUGGAAAUAUCAAAAUCAAUCCAUUGUUGUGUUUUUACACAAACUGUCCUCUCCACAAGAGAAACAGAGGUGGCUUUAACGAACGUGAAGACACAGCUCACUUUGACAUGUUUCAGACACCACAACUCAGACCCACUGUGUUUGGGGCCUCUGCUGGUAAUGUGUUCUUAUAUGAUGACAAAAAGUCAGGAUAUAUUUAAUAUAUGCAUUAUGUGUUGUGUAUGAAGAAAGAAGAAAUGGAAGAAAUAAUAUAUUCCAAGAGUAAACAUUUUGUUCUUUACUUUAUAUAUACCGUAGGUAGCAAAAAGUAACUUUUUUUCUCUUUUUUUGCCAAAGUGUCCAAUAGUUUUGAACAUCAGAGUCAUUAUUAUUAUUAUGUUAUAAUUGUGCUAUUAACAUGUUUUGGUUUUAUUGGUGUGAGGUUGAAGACUGGGGUCUAGGGAACCAAGCAAGCAGGUCUGAUUCCCAACCUAAGUCAUCUCCUAGGUUUCUCACUGUGUUAGCUCCCAGAACUAAAGUCUCUCCAGAGCUAACCCUGGUCUCUAAGUCUAUUCAGCAGUCCCUCCACCUCUAUUACACUCUUGUAGAAACGGUCUGGUCUUCACAUCGUUUUACCCUCUUUACAUCCUUUUCACCUAAAUAGUGCCUGUAGUUUGACCUGGAGCUGCUAGCUUCAUGAGGCUGGUUAACCUGGCUGCUAGCUGCUAGCUUCAUGAGGCUGGUUAACCUGGCUGCUAGCUGCUAGCUUCAUGAGGCUGGUUAACCUGGCUGCUAGCUGCUAGCUUCAUGAGGCUGGUUAACCUGGCUGCUAGCUGCUAGCUUCAUGAGGCUGGUUGUUAGCCACCUAGCCGCAGCUCAUAGAAAGCUAACCGCAGCAACUUGCAGGCUUUCCAUAGCUGUUGGCAGGCUGGCUGUUAGCAGGCUAGCUGUGUACACAGAUAUGUCUAAUUGAAGAAGGGCUCUGCAGGAAGUAAUGCCUGUUUGCAGAGCUGUGCCUCUGUCCUGGUCUAUUCUACACUGUUUUUUACCAGUUUGUUUGUUAUAAACGCUAACUCAAGCCUUAUUGUAUUUAUAGUUGUUCAAUAGUUUAAAUAAAGCAUUUUCAAAAACA